AUGUGUGCUUAUGUAAUUACAUUUCCUAUUUGGAAAGGAUAACAGUGGUCAGCAUUCCGUGGUCAUGUUAGAUUGUCGAACGAGUAAGUGUUGAUCGCAAGAUUCAAUGAUGCAGCCUAUAUAGAGCAGGAACUCAGAUUUUUAGAAUAGCAUUAGAGAGUGAAAUCCAAGAUUGAAGGGAAGUACAUCAGACCUGUGUACAACUUACUUCCAAUGAUAGUUCAGAUUAUAAGAACACCUACGUUUACGGACGUGUUAUUUGAUAAUUGUGUAGAUUGGUAACUGACAGGGGGAAACUUGCAACAUCUUCUGAGAAUAUAUUUUGCUUAUGACCUAUACAAAGGUUAACCACCAAGAGACUGCACUCUUGAGAAUGUUAUGCGUAACGGGGAUUCCAUAGUUGUAUUAGACUUCGGAUUGAGAAAGAGGACUGAGAAUUAUUGUGCAUAUUGGAAUCCCAUGAUUCUAAAAGGCAAACAAUGCUUAUCACAAUAUUAAUGGUCUUUGGGUAUCAUGUAUUUAGUGAUGACCAAUGGAUCAUUUAUAAUAAACGAGAUUCAUAAACGCAUUUCAAUAUGGGUGAAUGGGGGCAAAUUGGAUCUCGUUUCAUUGGUAACUACUAAAAAGCAAUCUGUCAUCUCUUUAUUAUCGCAAUUACUAAAUCCUGAAAAUCCUAUUCCUUGGGACUAAAUACCUCAUCAUUCGGCUUUCAGGGAUGAUCCUAAAUGCAAGGCAAUCCUAAAAUUAUAUGAAGUAAGAUCAAUGUCAGAUCUCAAAAUUAGAUCUGCUUCUCGACUAAGUAGUAAAUAAUCUGGUAGAAAGACUCAAAGAACUUCAAUAGUAUUACAUGAAAGCACUUCAAAUAGCAAUCAAUCAACCUCAAAUUAAUCGCUAAUCAGCAAAAUUUCAUCUUUGUAUAAAAAUAAAUUUAUUGAAGAGCAUAAACAAAGAUGUAAUUCUUCGGUCAAAACUACUAAACAAAUAAACAACUUCUUUUCAAAUAAUAAAAUGAAACUUAAAUUUGCUACCAAACAAUCAGAUCAUACUGUCCAACUAAGUUGUGAUCUUCGAAGUCUUAGAACUGGAUCAAAUCUAUCCAACAUUGGCCUUACAUAAAGGAUAGAUGAGUCAGAAGAUAAAAAACUCAAUCGAAGACUCUCCCAAUAAGAAAUUGACUAUGAUAAAAUAAGAUCCAGGGUUAGUUCUAUUAGAAUGGCUAUCAAAGAAUACAAGGCUAGAAGUUUAAGGCAUCUAUCUUAAGAUUCCAAUGCUGUUAUUUAGAAUUCAGAUGAAGCAGUUCAACCUGAUAAUUAUAUCUAAUUGAUUAAAAGACCUCAAGUUGAAAUUGAGAUUCUUACAUAAAAAUACUUGAGAUCACUUGAAUGCAUUAAUAUAAUCGGUUAGACUGUAGCUAAAGCAAUCGAAUUUUUAGAUGCUUUGCAAAACUUCUGGAUUAUUCCUCUAUUUUUAGUUUUCAAGAGAAUGCUUCAAUUGAGGUUAGAAGUUGAGAAAUUUCUUGAAGCACAAAUCAAUUCAUUUAAUAUCGAUUAAUGGAAAGAGGUAUGUAAUUCUAGGGAAUAUCUUUAAUUCUUGAGCCGUAUCAAAUCUGAUAAUUGUCUAGUCAAAAAUGAAAUGAUCCUUCUUAUGCAAGCUUCAUAAACCAAAGCGGAUCAACUUGAUAAAAAUAAGAGAGAAAAAGUCUUGUGGUUUCUAAAUGAUAAUUUAGAUUCUAAUAUUCAACCUAUAUGCUUGUCAUAUAUGAAAGACUAAUUACUUGUGGCUGUUAUUGAUAAAAGAGGAUUGUCAAGAGAACCUAUUGAAUGGUUAAAACUUUAGCUCUCUUUAAAAGCUUCAAUCGUAAUAACUCAAUUACCUGUACUAGGUUGCGAAAGUAACGAAUUUAGUUAUGAACAAUACUUAGAAUGUCAAGAUUCAUAAAAUUAUACUCAAAUACAAAAAUAUUGUGAGCAACUACAAAUCAAUAUUUGA